AUGUCGUUCAUUCUCCGUCGCCCAUUUGCCGUCUCUACGGCGCUCAAACACUUUCCAAAGCAGCCAAACACAACUUAUCGAUUCAUUCACAGCUCCCGUUUGAAACAAGCGCCAUCCUCCUCGACUCUGAAGCGGUCUUCCACCUUCGCACGAUUCAAUCAAACAUAUCAAAAUGCAUUCCGCCGGACAUACCGACAAAUCUCCUACCAGGAGGCACAUACGUCAGGAAACAGGACGCAAAAGCUACUUUAUGGUGCGGCCAUCGUGGGAGGCACCAUCGUUGCAACAAACAUGAUCUUCAACCGCGAAACGAGGGAAGAUGGCGGCAUGCCACUUUUCGAGCGGCAGUAUCUGAACCAAACUUUUAUGCACACUGGCCUUGGUAUCGGAAUAAUCGCUGUCGCAGCUCGCGCUCUGCACACCUCCGGCUGGUCUUACAGGCUGAUGGCCACGAAUCCAUGGGCGGUUGUCGGGCUGAGUUUAGUCGCUAGCAUCGGGACCAUGUAUGGCACAUUUUACACGGCUCCUGAGAACUACCUCCAGAAAUACGCUCUGUGGGGCGCCUUUAACUUGACCCAAGCCGCCGUCCUCUCCCCGCUAAUAUUCCUAUCCCCCGCCCUUCUCGCCCGCGCCGGCCUCUACACAGUUGGCAUGAUGGGCUCUAUCGCCUUCGUCGGUGCAACGGCCAAGCAAGAGAAAUACCUCUAUCUCGGCGGUCCCUUACUUGCCGGCGUUGCCAUCGUGGCAUUGUCCGGCAUUGCUCCCCUCGUUGUCCCCGCCACGGCCGCCCGAACCCUUGCGUGGUCUGAGCGCAUCUGGCUAUACGGUGGCCUCGCGGUCUUCGGAGGCUUUACGCUCUAUGAUAUUCAGAAGAUCUUGCAUCAUGCUCGCAUGGCGGAGCGACGACUAAUUAAGAAGGACGUCGUGAAUGAGAGCAUCAGUCUCGAGCUUGAUUUCUUGAAUAUUUUCAUCCGGAUGGUGCAGAUUCUAGGUAUGAGAGGUAACAACCGGAAGUAG